AUUGAAGAUGGUUGCUUUGAUAUUUUAGAGCCCAGCCUGGACGAUCAUCUGCACGGGAAGAAACACCAGCGGUUGGAAAACCUUCGUAGCGUCCGCCAGUCUCAGGAACUCCGCAGUAUUUUUGUCAGUGGGUUCCAGAAAGGGACGACAGCCACGGAGCUGAGCACCUAUUUUGAAACUUACGGGAAGGUGAUCAAUGUCGUGAUGGACAAAGAUAAGGGGGUCUAUGCAAUUGUGGAACUGCAGGACGAGGAGAUACUCCAGAAAGUAUUAGCAGAGCCACAACAUAGUCUAGGAGGGCAGAAAUUACGCGUCAAGCCACGUGAGAAGAAGGAUUUCAGAUACACCCCGCCAAAGAAACAAGGGUCAGCUAGGCGGGAGCAGAUGAGCCCAGAGAAAUUGACGCAAAGUAUCUGCCAAGUAGAUGAUGUUGAUGCCCAGAUGGCUUUAAUAGUGCAACUGUUUGAAUUUUCCGAGAGCGAACAGCGUCUUCGAGACUUGCUCGUCAAGCUGUUCCAGGAGGUGUUUUCUGAAUUCUUCCCAGAAUCGGUCAUUCUUCCCUUUGGGUCUUCCGUGAAUGGCUUCAGCGUCUCUGGAUGUGAUCUGGAUUUGUUCCUGGAUUUGGAGAAGACGAAAAAUUUCCAGGCUUCUGCCAAGGCAACCGAUAAGCCACCGGCAGGGGAACAAGAAGCCAUGGAAGUGGAAUCUCGCUCUGAAGAUUCGAUCUUGUCCGAUAUCGACCUGGUCACAGCCACCGUGCCUGAAAUCCUCGACCUGGUGGCCACCGUGCUGCAGAAGUGCGUGCCAGGCGUCCACCACGUACAGGUGGUCUCCACCGCCCGCCGGCCCGUUGUCAAGUUUUGCCACAAAGAGUCCAGCUUAAGGGGGGACAUCUCCAUAAACAACAAGCUGGCCCUGUGCAACACACGCUUCCUGCAGUUUUGCACAGAAGCGGAUGAACGUGUGAGGCCUUUGGUGUACGCAGUGCGCUACUGGGCGAAGCAGCAAGGUUUGGCAGGAAAUCUUUUUGGUGGCGGCCCCCUCCUCAACAACUAUGCCCUGACAUUGCUGGUGUUCUUCUUUCUACAGACGCGCAGCCCCUCCGUCUUACCGACGGUUGCCCGGUUGAAGGAUCUCACAGAUGAUGGAGAACUGACUGUGGUGGACAGUUGGGACUGCACUUUUCCUAAGGAUCCGGCUUCGUUGCAACCCAGCGGGAACCCAGAAAGUUGUUGCUGCCUUCUGGCUGAAUUUUUCCGCGUCUUCGAAUGCUACAAUUUCGCUGGCGGGGUCAUCUCCCUCCGUGAGGGCCGGUCCCUUCCUCUCUCCGAUUUCCUGUUAUCCGACGCGGGUCAGAAAUUCAAGGCGGGCCCCAUCAACCUCCAGGAUCCUUUUGAGCUGAGCCACAACGUGGCGGCCAACGUCAACGAAAAAACGGCUCUGCGUCUCCAGCGGAGCUGCCAGGACGCCGCCAAAUAUUGCCGCAGCUUGCAAUACCAACGUAAAUCCAGCAAGGGGAAAACCUGGGGACUGGUUCGUCUCUUCCAGCCCGGCAGCCCGCAAACAGCGGAACGGCUGGUCAUCUUCCUCCCCUUAACGCCGGCCGCACCAUCUCUGGGGUCCCACCCAGAGUUACACCCGAGCAGGGAUUGGCCCCAGCUCUCGUUCCAGAGAACGUGCGCAGGCAUUGCGUUUGUCCUGCAGCACGUGUUGAAGUGCGGCUGCUCGGAGAAACCGCAGGGAUUCGGCGGCGAUUGGGAAUCCCUCGGCAGCGAUCCAGAGGAGGAGCCGCUGGAAACGAAAACCGAACAAUUGUCGGUGGGUUCCAAGCGAUCCCUGGGCGUAGAAGAUGCCACGUUGGGUUCUCCACCCGCAAAGAGGUCACGGUCGGAGUUUUCCCUCACCGACGUGGAAAGUGUGGCUUGGGGCUGUACCGUUUGGCACCGUGUCUGGUUAGGAAGACGCCGUGUCCGGCGACAAUUCAGCGCGGAAGCGGAUCCCAAAACAUCCACUGAUCCCUUAGAGCUGGAAGGCAAAGUAUCGGAGGCGAUUUCCCAACAGGAGGGGGAAACCAGGCCCGUAGAUCCCCUGUUUGGAUUCACCGUUUGUGCCAGUAUCAGAGAGGGGGGUUCUGGGGAGGACGACCCACAAGUCAGCCUAAAUUUCAUCCCCAACCCUGAAGAGGAAGCAGUUUUCCAAGAUUUUUUUCAUUUCCUACAAGGUUUUCUACCCCGAAUGGUCGAGCAGUACCUGAUCACCAAGCCUUCAGACCUACCUACCUCAGAGGACAAAUCUCUAGAGGAUGGCAUUUGAAAUUUCUUAAGACCCUGGCAGAAUUCUGUAUUUUAGGUAAUGUUUUCCAUUCUGGCUGUUGGCAAAAAUAAAAGGAAUGGGGAGAAACAUGGAAACCUG